AAACAAACACAAUAUGGUUACAAACGUAACAAACAACAGACAAACACGCGAAUACGAGAACGUAUAAUACACGUCAUAAACGAGGGCGCUUGCUUCUAAAUACGUCAUAUAUUUAUGAUACGUCACCAGGGUAUUUGAAUGUUAAUUACAUAAAUAUACCGCUUAUGACGUAACAGAACACCAGGAAUAUUGUCAAUUUUUUUUUACUAUUUUUUUUUCACAGAAACCGAAAAAUGGAGAAGUUUCGUUCGAUAUUCAACAACCCGGAGAGCGGGAACAGCAGGAGGGCAAGCCAUGCGGGGUUCGACAGUAGAAGGCUGAUCGAACCUGAACUACAACGGAGGGGUUCUUUACCGGCAACUUUUGUUAAGAAAGCUGACACUUCAAGGCGAAUCCACACAAGUUCAGCUUGCGUUAAUUUGAUCAAAGAGUUUCAAGAAAUUAAAAUAGUUAAUAAGAAGAAGGGGAAGAAUGUCCGGAUCGACCCGUUGCUACAAGACGUUGUUCGACGUCAGCAACAAAAUGAUGACGUAGAUAUGACGUCAGAGGACGAAGAAGAAGUAAAAAGAUCUUCAUCGGUUGAAAAUUUUAAAGAAACGAAGGUGCUUCAACUACGUAGUGUGACGUCAGAUACUGAGAUUGAAAAUCUUGGAAUCAGCGAUCCGAUGGAGGGGGAAUAGAACAUAGAAAGAACAUUAAAUAUAUAUGUUGUUUAUACAUACUGGGUGUUGUAUCAAUGUAUGGAACUUAUUUAACGGACAAUACAUGGAAAAAAAUGUAAACAC